AUGCCCACCGCCACAAAACGUAGGCAGCAGCUUGCUCCGCUUGCAAAGCGACAACCAUCCGCUUCCGCUCGCUCCGAAUCCGGCCUCUCACGACGCUCCUCUGUAGGUUCCUUCAAGACUGCCACUGGUGACUCCAACUAUACCCGCGCCAUCUCUGCUUCCGAGGACGACGAUGAUGACGACGACCAAGAACAAGACGAACAAGACCAAGACGAUCAAGAACCUCUCCAAGACCAAGCCGACGACGCAGAUGAUACCCAGACGGUUCCUCGUCACCAUCCCGACCAAGCCGAGUCCAGCGAAGAGUCGGACGAAUCACCGGACAUCUUCCAUAAGAACAGCGAUACCAGCACCAUUCACAAAUCUCCUCCCACCUCUCAAGACGAUGUUGAAUCUAACGAUGCUCCCCGAAAGCAUGACCGUACUCCUCCGCGCUCCAAACCUUCCCGCAACACGCUUCUCGCUCCGGAUGAUGCGCUUACCCCAACCAACGGCCGUGCCGACCGCAAAAGCGUUCGUGCGUCCCAUGCUAGCCAUCUCACUCUUCCCUCCCAGCGCUCGGACGCAGCCGACUACCGCGAUGCUUCCAAGCGUCUUAGCAAGAUAUCCACUUCCACCUACAAUCCUCGCAGCAGAGCCCCCUCCCGCACAGCCAGUCUCCUGGACCCUUACUCGCCUGAAACCGAAAUGCGCGAUGCGCGCUAUCGCUCCGUCUCGGAACGAGGCGGUGGCAGGCUCAGCCGCCUCUUGCCCGCCGCCUCGCUACGUGACUUUGGCGGCUCUGUGCGCAACUCAUUUCAAUCUCAGCGAGACCUCUCGAGCCGCUAUGCUUCCAGCUACAUCGAGCCUCGAGCCUCUUCCAACAGGGAGAUGCUUGCAUCCCCCGCUGCCGGCAUCCACCAUCGCGACUCUGACCGCCUCAGCAUCGCAUCGCGCGCCACCGCUCGAAGACCCGCUUCAAUCGCUUCCAAGAUGCUCGACGCCGACACUCAGGUCUAUCCCGGCACACGCAUCCGCAAGUACAUCGAACCUCAGCUCAACGAAGCCAUGCGACGCGUCAUGAAACAGUUCGCAGGCCACAAUUUGCAAGAUCACCGAUGCGAUGGAUACCCCAUCGCCGUCUUUGUCGGUGCCACCGCCAUCGACACGGGCAGCAUCAUUCAGCCUCACGUUUCAGGCGCUGUCUCGCUCUACUUUGGGCCCGGUCAUCCCAAAAAUAUGGCUUCGCUUCUCCCCGAACAAGACCGCACGCCCAGUCACCUUCUCAACCCCAGAGCGCCCACGCCCUCCUCGCUCUCCCGCCGUGCUGAAUUGCGUUCAGCCAUCACUGCGCUCCACACCAUUUAUGAGCUCUACCGCGGCCGCGCCUGUGCGCACGUCUGCAUCGACUCGGCCUACGUCGCCAAAGCUUGGGGCACCUGGAUCCCCACUUGGGAGCUCAAAGGCUGGCCAGGUGAGGACGACGAGGAGGAGGGCGAUCGCGAACGUUGGGAGGAAGAGUACUACGAGCGACGCAGAACCCAGCGCAGGGCCUACGACAGGCACGGUGCCAGGUACAUGGGUCUACCUGAUCGACGCGGUGGCAGCGGCAGGGACGGUUACGCGAGCGAUGGAGGCCGCUACCGCGACUCGCGAGCGCCUUCUCGUCGCAGAGAGUACGACGAUCGCGACGACUGGCUCUCCAACGACCCUUAUGCCAAUCACAGCCCAAGACGAGCGACCCGACGACGCGGUGGCCGCAGCAACUACGACUGUCCGUCCGAGGAAGACUCACCUCCCCGAGGAGGUCGUCGCAGAUACGACCCUGUAGACGACUACCGCCAUGCAGAUUCCUAUUCGCCUGACCGCUCUUCCUUUCGUCGCCGGCCCAUGCGCCGAGCACCAGGCCGACGUCUCGUGGACGAGGACCUGCUUCGAGAACUCGCCGACAUUCGCUACGAGUUUGCACGUGUCGAGCGCGAUCGCAAGGGCUCCGCUCACCUCUACCUCAUCGAUCGUAGCAACAACCCCGCUGACCGCAUGGCUCGCGCCGUCGUCAAGUCCGAGGGAAGCCUGCUCAACAGUCAAGCCGACGAGUUCGAUGCGCCCUCCGAGGUUGGCCUGCACGUCGACCAGGCUCAUUCUUCGGAUGAAGAGGUGCUUGAUGACGAGAACGAAGAAUGGCUCGAGACCCGCAGCCGAUUCUCAGUUGCCUCGAGGAGCACCAAAGGCGGUCCAAGGCGCGGAAACAGUCGGCCCAACACGAGAAACAGUAUCAUCUCGAACGCAUCCGGUAGGUUGCGAUCCUCGACUUCUUUGCCUGCGGGCCAUUUGAAGGGCGCGUCAAGGAGGCAGCUUGACACAUUCACCGAGGAAGAUGAGGAUGAUCUCGCAGCAGACGCAAGGUCUGUCAGGACUCACCGGUCUGAACGCUCGAGAAAGUCAACACGAGCCGAGAGAGAAAGGGAUGAGUAUCGUGCGCGACAGGAUAAGCUGGAUGCCGAGGCGGUCGCCAUAGUUAAACGUUCUACUACGCAGUCAUCCACCAGAAGGACAGCACCGCAUGCGGGCCGCUUGGCUCUGGCUCCUAGGGAGCGCGGUGGUAAUAGCUCGAGGAUCUCGAUCGAUUCGCGCAGGGAAGACACACGCGCGUCGAUCGAGCUGCUCUCUCCGGAUACAGCAUCGCGACGUGGAUCGAUCGACAGCAGGCGUAGGCUCAGCAAUGUGCGUUCGCAGCCCGAUUUGCGAGAUGCCACUCGAGCACGCAAGGAUCGAUCUACGGUGCUUAGCGCGCUGGCCUCAGCGGCUACCUACCGGGGUGACGAUGACGAGCAAGACGAGCAUGACGGGCGUGACGAGCAUGACUUUGAGCCUCGCCCACGCCGUUCUGUACAGCUUCCCGUAUCUGAUGUGCGUGGACCGAGGCAGACACGUAGCCGCAUCAUGUCGGAGCAAAACGACUACCCGCAGAUGGACGACCUCGUACCUCCUGCGCGUAUGUGGGAUAGCGGCUCUGUAUACUCGCGUCACAGCGUGGACAAUCGUCAGCCUGCAUCUCCGCACUCUCAACGCAAAGGCCUCUUCGGCACUCGUCCGUCCGACGUCCCCGCACACCGCGCACCCGCCACGCCCAAAAAAACAAGCUUCGGCCUCUUCUCAAACCGCUCCACCCCCUCGCUCCACCGCUCCCCUGCUCCCGAAGACGCCGACUACCAAUGGUCCAAAACCAGCCGCAACAAGCGCCAACAGCGCGAGCAGCGCGAGUGGCAUUCCACCACCGCACACGAUGACCCCACCAGUCACUGGGACGACCAUUCCCCCAAGAAGGGUGGACUCUUGAGCCGCAUGUUUGGCCGCAAAAAGUGA